GCACGACAACACAGCAACUGAAGUGGAAAGUGGCUCCUGUUCUGCUCCUCAUCCCAUUUCGGACGCUGCGUACGAGGCGGUCCGGCUUCAGACUGCUGCACGGCUGAAUCGACAGAGUUAAGAAGACAGUCUCGCCUUCGGCUUGUGCGUUAAGUUUGCCUACGUUUGACUUUUUUUUUUUUUUUUUUUUUUUCUCGACUCUUUAUGCCAGCGAACUAGCAUCCAACUUCCCAGUGUUUAUAGGUGGAAGGUGGAAAGUAACCAUUUAUUUACCAUCUCGAAGACUUCAUUUUACUAAUGACGGCAGAGGUCCAGCAGCCCCCAGCUCAGACUCCUGCCCAGAGCAGCCCGAUGUCUGCUCCGGAGAAGCCGCACGGACAGACGGCGGUGAUGGAAACCGCCUCCUCCACAACGAAGACCAAAAAGACAAACGCAGGGAUCCGUCGACCAGAGAAACCCCCGUAUUCUUACAUAGCUUUAAUAGUCAUGGCUAUCCAGAGUUCUCCAACUAAGCGCCUGACGCUCAGUGAAAUAUACCAGUUCCUGCAGAGUCGCUUCCCGUUUUUCAGAGGCUCGUACCAGGGAUGGAAGAACUCCGUGCGUCACAACUUGUCCCUGAACGAAUGCUUCAUUAAACUGCCCAAGGGCCUCGGCCGGCCGGGCAAGGGCCACUACUGGACUAUCGACCCGGCUAGUGAGUUUAUGUUCGAGGAAGGCUCAUUCAGAAGGAGACCCAGGGGUUUUAGGCGCAAGUGCCAGGCGCUGAAGCCCAUGUACAGCAUGAUGAACGGCCUGGGAUUCAACCACAUCCCCGAGUCCUACAACUUCCAGGGGAGCGGCGGGGGGCUAUCCUGUCCGCCCAACAGCUUGUCUCUGGACAGUGGGAUUGGGAUGAUGAAUGGACACUUGGCAGGUAACAUGGAGGGGAUGGGUCUGUCCGGGCACUCCAUGUCACACUUGUCAACCAACAGUGGACAUUCCUACAUGGGAAGUUGUACAGGAUCCACUGGGAGUGACUAUCCCCAUCACGACAAUUCCGCCUCCCCUCUGCUCACCAGCGGGGGAGUCAUGGAGCCUCACCCCGUCUACUCGAGCUCAGCCUCGGCGUGGGCUCCAGCCCCCACGGCCUCGUUGAACAACGGGGCUUCCUACAUUAAGCAGCAGCCCCUGUCUCCUUGUAACCCAGGGGCGAACCCGCUGCAGCCAAGCUUGCCCACGCAUUCCCUAGACCAACCUUACCUGCACCAGAACGGGCACAGUACCACAGAUUUACAAGGUAUUCCUCGGUACCAUUCCCAGUCUCCCAGCAUGUGUGACCGAAAGGAGUUCGUCUUCUCGUUCAACGCCAUGACGUCCUCGGCGAUGCACUCACCGGGCAGCAGCUCGUACUACCACCACCAACAGGUCUCCUACCAGGACAUCAAGCCCUGCGUCAUGUGAUGCCCCCCGCGGACGAUCCGCAGACCGGAGGACGGCGUCGCGGACCCGGGCCGGUGCGGCAGAGUGAACUGAGACGAGAACGAACGAGUAAAUAACCACUGAGACGCGUGGCGGCGUGCCCCGGCCCUGGAGAGUGCCCUCUGCUUCAAGUAGACCCGGACUACUUUUCUGUACGGUUUUUACACAGCGACAAAAGACACGGAGACAGGCCAAUCACAAAGCAACCACCUAAUAAUAAUAUAUAAUAAUAAAAACUUUUUCAUGCCGUCAACAUCGACCAGCGGGGUAAAGACUGGGCGUAUGAAACCCUGCUGCUGUUUGGUACUUAGUCCUGCAGAGCGGAUGACUACCACUUCACACCUUUGUUCAUGUUUAUUCUUCUUGUUAAAGUAGGCCAAUGUAAAAAUGCACACUCUCGUUUUCUCCGUCUGAAGUUUGUUCUCUUCUUUUCUUUGACAAAUUAGACUGAGGCUCUUUUUUUUUUCUCUCUAUCUUUUUGUUUUUUUGGACAUACAUACCAGCGUUGAAUUUGAAAUGAACAAUUAUGGACAUUACACAUAUACUGUAGGUCCAUAUAUACUGUGUAAAAAAAAACGAUGAAGGCACUUUUUGAAUAGCCUAUAAGCGCAACUUUUUAUUUAUUCUGUAGGCCUACAUAUUUUAAUUUCAGGCGAAUUGGCCAAGGAGGUAUAUGCUUUAUUGGCAAUAUUUGUCAGAACGCUUAUUAUUUGUUUUAAAAUGAAAAUUGAGAAUAUAUUGUAAGCACUGUUAUGUCGUUUGUGUUAGAUAUAUGUAGACCAUUACUUUCAGCACUGUAUACUUAUAUAUUGUUAGGAAAAGUAGCGAGGGUCCACCAGUGAGGGCUAAUCUUAAAGGCUAUAUUACAACAAAUCAUUUGUAAGAAAUAAAAUAUAUCUGUUGGGCUGUUUGAGCCUGAAUCCACAAAAACCAGACAUAUUUCGAUUUAAUCACACACUUAUAAUCUCUGGCAAUUUUUUUUUUUUUUGGGAGGGGGGGCGUUGCAAACAUAUAUGCCACUAAAACUGAAAAUCUCUGUAGAUUUCAAGACAGUGAUCGUUACAACACAAUCAACCCAAAAUUAGCAGUAUUUCAAGAGUGAGUCAAUUUGUGCCCUUACUGAAAAAAAAAACCAAAACAA